AUGAGGCAUCUCUUCCAGAGAUAUGUGGGAUCAGGACUGCAGUCAUUGAGUGUGGCAGGCUACCGGAUCCGUGGCAUGCGUUGCACAGAAAGCAUUCCAGCUUUGAUUAAGGAAGUUGGGAAGAAGUGCCCCCACCUGACCAAACUGGAGAUACAUGUUGCAUACCUGAGGAAACUUCCAAUCACUAAACUGCCCCAAUCCCUGAGGCAUCUGGAACUGCACAGCUGUGAAAUUUCCAAGAAAUGGCUCCUCAAGGAAUGCAACAUGUCCCCACUACCAUUCCUGCAGCACUUUGUCCUGGACAAUGUCCCUGCAUUCAAUGACAAACAACUAAAGGCCUUGUCCGGGCUGAAAGCACUGUGUUCCCUGGAGCUGGUGAACAUUCCCCUAGUGUCUGAUGAGGGGCUCAUGGUGGCCUUCUCUGAAGUUGAAGUUUUCUGCAACUUAAAACUGGUGAACAGCUCCUUAUCAGCAGAUGGGCUCUUACGAGCAGUGCACCAACAUUUUCAGAAGCUUCAAAAGCUCAUUAUCAGUGUGAAUGGGCUCACAACCAAAGGGCUCUCUCAACUAGAAAGGAUGAAUUCACUGCAGCAUUUGGUACUAAAUGGUCCUCCUGUGAGUAAAGACUUCCCAUCUACAACUCACAUCCUCUCUGUUUGCCUCAAGAUGCCCAGACUCCAAACGCUAAAGCUCCUGGAUGUCUGCACCGCAGACCAGGAAAGCGAGGAUGCCAAGGCUCAUCUGCAGGAAAUGCUGCUCCACUGCAAGGUCACCAUUAGGUCCCACCAAAAGCCUUCCACUGACUGGUGGAAGUGA